AUGACUCUCGAAGCAAUUAAGUACAAAGCCGGCCAGCUGCAAAUACUCGACCAGCUUCUGCUGCCCGGCGAAUCGAAGUACAUUCCUAUUGCCGGUGUGAAGGAUGGCUGGAGUGCGAUUCACAAGAUGCAGGUUAGAGGUGCACCAGCCAUUGCCAUCGUUGGAUGUUUAUCGCUCGUAGUGGAGAUUUACGAUAAACAGUACGACACGAAGGUUGCGCUCGAGCAGGAAAUCGGCGAACAUCUGCAGUAUCUCGUCACGUCACGACCGACGGCAGUUAAUUUGAAGCUGGCUGCUGAUGAGGUGAAGGCACUGGGCGGAAGUUUGCUCACCAACGAGACGGUCAACGUCGAUGAUAUGAAACAAGAGAUUAUUAAGUCUAUUGAGCAUAUGCUGGAAAAGGAUAUUAGUGAUAAUCGUGCCAUCGGUGACAAUGGUGCUAACGUACUAUUGAAAGGAGUAGAUAGACCGUUGAAAUUGCUUACCCAUUGCAACACAGGAUCCCUAGCUACAGCAGGCUAUGGAACAGCACUUGGGGUGAUACGGAGUGUAAAUGAAAGGAAUCUCUUAGAACACGUGUACUGCACGGAAACUCGCCCGUACAAUCAAGGCGCACGCCUGACCGCUUACGAGCUUGUGCACGACAAACUUCCGGCUACUCUCGUCACCGACAGCAUGGUGGCAGCCCUGCUGAACAGUCGUAAAAUUGAUGCCAUCAUCGUAGGUGCUGAUCGUGUAGCUGUGAACGGUGAUACGGCCAACAAAAUUGGCACGUACCAGAUGGCUGUGGUGGCGAAACAUCAUGGCGUACCGUUUUACGUAGCCGCUCCAUUUACGUCGAUCGAUGGUGCCAUUGCGGAUGGAUCGUUCAUCAAAAUCGAGGAACGACCAGAGCACGAACUAACGCACAUCGGUGGGCAGAGAAUUGCCGCACCCGGGAUUGGGUGCUGGAAUCCGGCAUUCGACGUUACACCGGCCGAACUGAUAACGGGCAUUAUCACCGAACGGGGUGUAUUAAAACCGAGCGAAUUGGCCGCAAAGGUCAGAUAGAAAUGAAUGAGCUUG